CUUUCGAUGGUCUACAUCCUAUCCUAGAUUGAUCCGCUGCUUGGUCGCCUUUGACAGGCGUCCCAGCCCCUCGUUUGGCAUCUCGAUACGAUAGGUACUCAGCACCACCCACCGCUCUUUGGGUCUGGAGCCAUGGAUACCAGCUUUGAAGAUGCGCUCGUCAAAUUCCGAGCCAGCCUCACGGAUAAACAGAAACGCGAUUUUGCGCCGUGCACACUGAAGGACGUUGAGACAGCUAUCGAAGAGAUCCAGGUCCGUCUUGGCUCACAAAGGCGACUGAGAAACAUGAAGAGGAUAUCCAAGUUCAUCGAAGCGAUGGCCCAAUUAGGUCAAGUAGUCGACGUCUUUCUGAACGUUGAGAGGACAGUCGCACUCAUCUGGGGGCCCAUUAAAUUCAUUCUUGUCGCAGCUAGUACUUGGGUUGAAACAUUGGACCUUUUGCUCGAUACCUACGCCGAAAUUGGCGAGAUCCUUCCAGGAUUGACACAGUUUCGAAACAUGCUCGGGCAGCACCCAUACUUGAAGGUGCAUCUCGAAAAUUACUAUUGUGAUGUUCUUAGUUUCCACAGGAAUGCUCUUGAUGUGUUCUCACGGCCAGCAUGGAAGACCGUAUUCCAUUCGGCAUGGAAGACUUUCAAGACAAGAUUCGGGCCAAUUCUAAGUAGUCUCAAGCGGCAUCGAGAACUCAUUUCGGACGAAAAGUUGACAAUCGCAAUCCGUGAGGUUCGAGACUUCCGCGAACAUGUGGAGGAAAAGCUCGAAGCCUUGUCAAGACAGAUGACAGAGCUUCGGUUAGAGGAAAAGGAACAAGAAACAUUGAAACUUCAGGAACAACGUGGUCGACGACUACAAUUUGUUCUGAACAAGUUUGAUGUACUAGACUGUCACAGAGACCUCGAGCACGCCCUAUGGGCACGCCGUAAUCACAAUUCUUCGGGGGAUUGGAUUUUUCACCACCCUCUCCUCAAAGAAUGGGCCGAUUUGAAAAUUUCACAGAGCAGCACGCUCUAUCUGAGCGGUAUCCCUGGAGCAGGCAAAACCAUUCUCACCUCCAAAGUCGUGGAGCACCUAAAGCAACUCAAAUCAACCAACUCAGCUCAUGGUCAUAAUUUUUCUGUUGUCUACUUCCAUUUCAACCAUAUGCAACCGGAUAAGCGGACCUUGACCGGAUCGUUGUUGGCACUUCUAUCCCAGCUCAUUCAUCAAGAUGAUGUCCUUCUGGAGCAAACUUACCAGCGAUGCCUCGCAGUCGACCAGCACAAAAUUCGCUCUUUGGAUACAAUUCGCGAUCUAGCGUCCGUCGCUUUCAAGUCACAGAGAGUAUGCUUCGUGAUUCUCGACGGCCUGGACGAAUGUGUUGGAGGUCCUUCAGCCAAUCCAGCCGACGAACAGAAGCAAGUCAUUGACUGGUUUGAAGAUCUAACGACAGACAUAGACUCCAACGAGUCGGGCAACGGCGAAUUCUGCAUGAGACUGUUCAUCUCUGGUCAGCGGAAUGGCAUUCUGGAGGAACGGCUCAGGUCGUACCCAUCUAUUCAACUGGAAACGGAAGCAGCGCAUAACAGGGAUAUAGAGUCCUACGCAAAACAGCGAUCUGCGGAGAUGCAUAAGAGGUUUCGAUUCAGCACAGAAGAAGAGAGAGACUUAGUGAACAGAGUAACAUCAAGAGCCAAAGGCAUGUUCAUCUACGCGAAAAUUGUUCUUAGCAACCUGCUCGACCAAGUUUCGACAUAUCAGUUCAAACAACAGCUGAAAGCAGAGAACUUCCCCAAAGGUCUCGACGAAGCGUACGAGCGAGUUGUUGUCCGAGCUUUUGAGAACCCCAACGAGCCACAGAGGCUUGCGGCAAAAAAGAUCCUCGGCUUGAUCAUCUGCGCUGAACGCUCUCUAAUGUGGAAGGAGAUUCAAAGCACGUUUUGCAUAGAUAUCGACACUGAGACGGCCGAUGUUGACCGUCAAUUGUCAGAUUCAUGCAAGCAUCUGUGCGGAUCUCUGGUAGAGUUCGAACGUAGCCACAUCGCUGAAUUAGAAUCCGAUGAUGUAGUAGAGCUUGUACAUCACACAGCGAGGGGAUACCUGGUCCAAAGUGGAAGGUUGUGCAUUUCAAGGGAAAAUGCUAACAUGGCUUUGCUCUGCGCACGUUACCUCACGUCCUUUCCUUUCACCCUCGGACUCAGUGACAGCGAGAUUGAGAAACACGCCAUAACUGGCUAUUAUGGAUUCCAGGACUAUGCAGCGGCCUUCUGGUGGAAACAUGCCUAUCAGGUGAUAGACAUAGCAGCAGAUAUCGACAAGGACCUCUACAACAGAACGCUGCAGGCGGUAGCGAGAGCCAUGGAGGCAUACGGCAACACCAGGAACAGUCUGCCUGAACCGCACGAGUCCCCUGCCCACGUGGUGAAACGCCGUCUCGAAGAAUUGGGCGAAGACUCACGCGAAUGGGAGAAUAACUUCAAUAUCGAGUUUCGAACGCGAGCGAUCAGAAACAGAAUUGAGGUAUUACUGAAUGAAGAGGGCGCUUCCGAAAAGCACUGUGCUAUUAUCACAUUGUACGGCGUAGUCCGAUACAAGUGUCCUAAGCCUUGGUGUCAAUCAUUUUGCACCGGUUUCGAGAGACGUGAAGACCGAGACCAACACCUUCUUGAACACAAUCGACCAUUCAGAUGUUCCAUAGAAGGCUGCUAUGGGAAAGAAGUUGGAUUCCCCUCGGAGUCUGAUUUGAGUCGGCAUACCGAGAGACUUCACUUGACACAACCCACCAUCCGCUUCGCUUCACCUCGCCUCCCAAAAGGUGAACUAGGAGGAAUCUGCUCAGCCGCAGCGACGGGCAGCUUGGCGAAAGUAAAGGCAUGUCUCCUUGCCGGGAUCCCUAUCGACACAACAACGAACAACAAGGGAGGGCAGACUCCAUUAUUUCUCGCUGCGAAAGGAGGCCACAUACAAAUCUGCCAGUAUCUUCUGGAACAAGGAGCAAACGUAAACUUUCAGGGUUCCUUGGGCCAUAAACGAACAGCUUUGCACAUAGCCGCCUGGGAAGAUGACGCGGAGCUCACUCAUCUAUUACUUUCUCAACCCAAGGUAACUCCGCAGCUGAAAGAUACGCAUGACCUCACCGCUGCUGGCACUGCUGCGAAGAAGGGCUGCAACAACGCUCUGUCCGCCUUCAUAUCCAGGGGCCUCGCCUCCCUCCCGGGUCAAGACUUCGCUGAGAGGACAUGUCUAAGUAUAGCAAUUGACUGCGGGAACUUAAAAACCGUCGAGUUGCUCAUCAAUGACACUUCCUUGGAUCUCAAUAAGGAUUAUCGGGAAGGGGUUCACUCCGGACUUCCUCUUGUUCUCCCUCUCCAUUUAGCCUCCAGCAGAGGAUUGGUUGACAUUGCAAAAUUGCUGUUGUCCAGUGGGCGUGUCGACGUCAACAAAGUGGAUCCCGCCGGUCGACAAGCCCUUUAUUACGCAUUGAAAAACAGGCGAGACUCCGUCGUCAAGUUACUACUUCCUCUCAUUGAUAACCGCGCUGCCAUAGAGGAAAGCGGAAGAACGCUGCUGUCGCAUGCCUCCGAGAAAGGAGAUACAGCUUUCUGCAAAAGAUAA